CAGCCAGCUGUGUGUCGCGCGUGCUUCCUGGCCAAAAGAGCCACCUCGGGGAGAAGGUCCGGAGGGGAGCUGUUUACCCCGGGGAGACCCGCAGCCCAGCCGAGCGGCUUGGGCGGCCUGGAUGCGCAGGACCCGGCCCCGCAGCCGCUGACUCCCGGCGGCGGCGGCGAAGUUUGGCUGCUGAGCGGCUCGGCGCCGGGCCACUGGACAGCCGGCCACCCCGCGGCCGAGGCGGCGGGAGCGAUGCCCGUCGGGGGCCUGUUGCCGCUCUUCAGCAGCCCCGGGGGCGGCGGCCUGGGCGGGGGGCUCGGGGGAGGUGGCGGCGGCGGCGGCAGCGGCAGGAAAGGGUCGGGCCCCGCCGCCUUCCGCCUGACGGAGAAGUUCGUGCUGCUGCUGGUGUUCAGCGCCUUCAUCACGCUCUGCUUCGGGGCGAUCUUCUUCCUGCCCGACUCCUCCAAGCUGCUCAGCGGGGUCCUGUUCCACUCCAGCCCCGCCUUGCCGCCCGCCGCCGACCGCAAGCCCGGGCCCGGGGCGCGCGCCGAGGACGCCGAGGAGGGGCGAAUCUGGCACCGCGAGGAGGGCGCGCCCGCGGACCCCGUGCUCACCCUCCAGGACAACUUGGCCAGGAUCCGCGAAAACCACGAGCGGGCUCUCAGGGAAGCCAAGGAGACCCUACAGAAGCUGCCCGAGGAGAUCCAAAGAGACAUCCUGCUGGACAAGGAGAAGGUGGCACAGGACCAGGACCAGCAGCGUGACCGCGAGCAGUUCGGGGGGCUGCCGAACGUGGACUUCCAGCCCCCCAUCGGGGUGGAGAAUAGGGAACCCGCCGACGCCACGGUCUCUGAGAAGAGGGCAAAGAUCAAAGAGAUGAUGAAACAUGCUUGGAAUAAUUAUAAACGCUAUGCCUGGGGAUUAAAUGAACUGAAACCUAUAUCGAAAGAAGGCCAUUCAAGCAGUUUGUUUGGUAACAUCAAAGGAGCAACUAUAGUAGAUGCCUUGGAUACACUUUUCAUUAUGGGAAUGAAAGAUGAAUUUCAGGAAGCAAAAUCAUGGAUUGAAAAAAAUUUAGAUUUUAAUGUGAAUGCUGAAAUUUCUGUUUUUGAAGUGAAUAUACGCUUUGUUGGUGGACUGCUCUCAGCCUACUAUCUAUCUGGAGAAGAGAUAUUUCGAAAGAAAGCAGUGGAACUUGGGGUAAAAUUGCUACCUGCAUUUCAUACUCCCUCUGGAAUACCUUGGGCAUUGCUGAAUAUGAAAAGUGGUAUCGGGAGAAACUGGCCCUGGGCCUCUGGAGGCAGCAGUAUUCUGGCAGAGUUUGGAACCCUGCAUCUGGAGUUUAUGCACUUGAGCCACUUAUCAGGAAACCCCAUCUUUGCUGAAAAGGUAAUGAAUAUUAGAAAAGUAUUAAACAAACUGGAAAAACCAGAAGGCCUUUACCCUAACUAUCUGAACCCCAGUAGUGGACAGUGGGGUCAACAUCACGUAUCAGUUGGAGGGCUUGGAGACAGCUUUUAUGAAUAUUUGCUCAAGGCCUGGCUAAUGUCUGACAAGACAGAUCUAGAAGCUAAGAAGAUGUAUUUUGAUGCUGUUCAGGCCAUUGAGACUCACUUGAUCCGCAAGUCAAGUGGGGGCCUGACAUACAUCGCAGAGUGGAAAGGAGGGCUCCUGGAGCACAAAAUGGGCCACCUGACCUGCUUCGCAGGAGGCAUGUUUGCACUGGGAGCAGACGGAGCUCCUGAAGCCUUGACCCAGCACUACCUUGAACUUGGGGCUGAAAUUGCCCGCACCUGUCAUGAAUCUUACAAUCGCACCUUUAUGAAACUGGGACCGGAAGCUUUCAGAUUUGAUGGUGGUGUUGAAGCCAUUGCUACCAGGCAAAACGAAAAAUAUUACAUCCUACGGCCAGAAGUUAUUGAGACUUACAUGUACAUGUGGCGUCUGACUCAUGAUCCGAAGUAUAGAAAAUGGGCUUGGGAAGCUGUGGAGGCCCUGGAAAGUCACUGCAAGGUGAACGGCGGCUACUCAGGCCUCAGGGAUGUUUACUUCAUUCAUGAGAAUUACGAUGAUGUCCAACAAAGUUUCUUCCUGGCAGAAACACUAAAAUAUUUGUACUUAAUAUUUUCUGAUGAUGAUCUUCUUCCACUGGAACAUUGGAUCUUCAACACUGAGGCACAUCUUCUCCCUAUACUCCGUGCAGACAAAAAGAAAGUUGAAGAGAAAUAAAAGACCUUUUUCUCAUUUCAUUCUGUUUCAUUCCUUCCAUUCCAUACCUUAAUCAUUAUUUUUUCCAGUGAUCAGCCACAUGAUGAACUUUUAUCCUAUGUCUGUGAUUAUUCUGAGUUCUAAAACUGUUUUGCAGUCUUUUAUGUUUAUUAUCAUAGGAAUCAAUUGGACCUACAUUCCUUACUCCUUUUGUUAUUCAGCCAGUGAGUCCGUGGUUUUGUUUGUGUGUGUAUGUGUGUAUUUUUCUUUAAAUAAUCUCUUAUCUCUGGAAUUCAUGAAAGUAUGAUAUCACUUUCAUGAAACUGAGUAGUGGUAUGCCAAUGACCUCUUAAUUACAAUUUGAUUUGACUGCAAAAUUCUUUCCUCCUCUAUGAGGAGAUGAUGUCUGCUUUAAGCUGUAAUGUUUUGCCAUGUUGCAAAAAGCCAUAAUAAAUUAUUAAAACAGCUUUUUUUUCCUUUUUGAUUUUAUGUUGAUCUGGUUUGUCUAUCCACCAGAGACAGAUCUUAUAACUGUGACAGCCUUCUGAUGCGGGUCUAUCAUUAUUUGAUAGAAUGUCUCCUAAAAUAUUUCAUUCACAUUGUGAUUCAAACUACAAAGUCAUCCAAAAGACUCAUGUUGACCUCAUUUCUUUAGAACUGCAGUAAAUUUUGGUUGGUUAAUUAUAUUAGUGUUUCUUAAUCUGUGUGUUUGUUCUCUGCUUUUACUCUAAAUGGCCUGGGUCAUUUCUGGAUCACAUCUGCUGCUUCGUUUCUUCCUCUCCCCUGUGCGACAUGAAGUGAGCUGGCUGGCUUUACAGAGCUCUACUGUCAUGGACAUACAUUUUUAAAGGGGAACGGUAACUUUUAAUGUGCUAGCUUUUGCUUUUAAUGGAAUAUGGAAAAAGAUUUGGUCUCUAAAAGAGAGGGUGAGAAUUUCGUAUAGCUCUAAUAAGUUCAUUUGUUUGUAUUUCAACAUUACUUUUUUUUUUCCUUCAAAAAGCAUUCCAUUUGGUUGAGGUUUUUCAAAUUGGAAAAAGGCCCUUUCUCAAAUGUCGUAAAUUAUUUCACUUGGAUUUAUGAAAGCAAGAUUGCACUCUGUGAAAGAAGCUUUGCCAGCAUAUCUAUAUUUGUGGUCAGUUAAGGAAAAUCUAAUAAACUGCUAGGUCAAAUAAGAACAGAAUAUAUUAGGUAUAGUUACAAUCAACAUAAAGAUCCCAACUUAGAAGGAAUUUGUUUCUCGGUCAUCUGUGAUUGGAUCUGCUCAGAUCAAAAUAAUCAUGUGAUUCUCUAAACUUUGUUUCAAAAUACAAAUAACUUUCUCAAGAACAAACUUAGCAACAUCUUGUGUUUCUCAUCACACUGGGUCUGUAUAUGAAAGGGCUGAAGUGAAAUGAUGGUAUGUUAUAGGAAGGUAUAAAGACUUUGACAACCUCAAUUUUCACCCAAGAAUGAUGAGACAGAUCAGUGAGCCUGUGGAUUAGGUAAAGCAUAGAAACUUGCUGCAUUCAUAGUAUUAAAGCAGUCUGAUAGCAGCAGUUUCACAUGAUCCAACCUAAUCGUUUUUGAAGACAAUUCUUUUCUUAGCUCUUAAUAGACAAAUAGUUUUAGCUAUUUAAGCUUUUGAAAGUGUUUCAAAAGGUUUCGUCUUAGAGGACUAUCUUGUUUGGCCUAUAUUGACCUUUGGUAUUGUACACUGGGAUAUGUCAAAGAAUUAAUUAGUAAAAUUGGUAAAUAAGUCAGAUCCUCAGUCCAUCAGUAUGCCAUGCUGACAUGUCUCUGACACAGAACAACUUCCACGGCCUAUCUUGGGCUCACCCAAAGAAAUGGGUGCAUUACAAGAGUCUUCUCCCCUCCAGUUUGAAGGCAAAAAUUUUUUUUAAAGUCUUCCUACAGCAAUUAGAUUAUAAUUUUCACAUGAAUGUCCUUGAACUGGAAAUUUUGAUUUCCUGUGCAUUUCAGCUUGGCUUGAAGGAUACAAAGCUGAUAAAUAUUUCUGCAACAGAAAGUGUUAAAAAUCAGCUACACUGUGUUGUAUUUUUUUUUCUAUCCUGGCCUAAGUAGACAAGUAGUGUAUCACAUGUUCACAUGUUGCUUUGCUGAUGGGAAGGAUUGUUUUCUUCUUCGGUUCUGGAACUUAGAUUUCUUAACCUAAUUCUGAAAACACCAAAAAUGUAAACAAGAGAUUAAUAUUAUAAUAAUGUAGUUUAAAGUUAAACUUUGUGUUAUUUUAAACAACUGAAGUCUCUAGGUAGACACUUUCAUUCAUUUUCAACAAAACUGUGCAGUGGAAUUUACAUGUAUACCUUACCUACAACCCUUAUUAAAGACGAAAUUUCAGAUAGCACUUAAUUUUGUGUGGACACAAUGUUUCAAUAUACUUUGUGCAGUUACUAUUAAACAUAUAAUUUGUAUUCCAAUUUAUAGAACUCAGUGACUUCUUUUCAUGUGCAUUACCCAUUUUUACAUUGACUGUUUUGAUUUGUUCAUAAAUCCAUUCCGUCACUUCCAACUUUAUAUAAAACUCUAAUGUUACAGGAAGUAUAAUAGAUUGACACAUAAUUUUUAAAAAUUAUAUUUGUAAAAUUUCUCUAUUGUGAAUAAAGUCUUUUAAUAUA